UUCAACUUGUCCAGAACCUCCCAAAAAACUACGUGCAGAUGAUUUGUUUAAGGUCAAAGGCGAAAACAAUCUAAGCAUGAGGAAAACAAUGGGUAAUUAGUAUUUUAUUCAUAACAAUGGUUGUUUUAUAUAAUCUAUCUAUUAUCUAGGUGUGAUUAAAAGUAUUCGAGCUUCUGGAGUCGAUAUAGAAUCUGGAGUGCGGUUGAAAUUGAUUGAAAUGAACCGGCAGCUUAAAGACUUGUUUGAUGUAGUUCAGUUGUCCAGCAUCACAGGAAAUGUAGCACCUUCGUCAGAUCAUGUUGUUGCAUAUUGCACUGAUGUACCGGAACUCAUUAACCGUAUCAAACGUUCAAGACCACCUGUUGAUGAUUUUGUGGUGAAAAUAGGAAUUGAUGGGGGUAGGAGCUUCUUCAAGAUAACGUUAUCUGUGAUCUCUCCGCAAAUGGAACAUCUGGCUGGCUUCAAGGAUGGCGGCGUGAAGAAGCUUUUCAUCAUUGCACUUUCACCAAAUCUCGCUGAAAAGUAUGACAAUAUUUCCCCCGUUUGGACGAAACUUCUCAAAUUACACGAGCUCGAAUACUUGGUUGCUGGGGACCUCAAGAUUAUAAAUAUUAUAAUUGGCAUAAUGGCCCACUCUUCGAAGAAUCCAUGUCCAUACUGUGAGGCUUUAAAGAGCGAGCUCGGUGUAGCAAACGGAACCGCGAGAACCAAAGGAAGUAUAAACGAAAAUUGCACAAGAAAAAAGAAAUUGAAUGGAAAGAACUUCGCAAGCUGCGUGAAUGCCCCGUUGGUCUCGGGUAGUGAUGAAGACAAAAUCGUGAACCUUUGCCCGCCUCCACCGUUACAUAUAACGCUUGGAAUUAUUAAUACAAUUUUUAAGUCACUUGAGAAGAAAGCACCAGACUGGGUAGACUUAUGGGUGGAACAAGCACAGGUGAGACACCAACAGAUGACGUACGGUUUCACCGGAAGAGCUUGCCACGCGCUAUUGGAUGCUACCAAUUGUUUGGCAGACAACCCUGAACUUUCAGAUUACGUUACGGUUCUGAAUAACUUCAAAAACGUGUAUGCAAAAUGCUUUUCCUUUAAACUCGAGCAUGGGUUUGAGGAGGCUAUUGCAGAUUUUGCCAGCAGCUGGGAGAAGCUGAAUCUUCCAUUCACAUCUAAAUAUCACAUUACAAAGUACCAUGUGGCGGAUUUCUGUCGAGAAGCCGGAAGAGGACUUGGGCUUCACAAUGAGCAAGCCUCCGAAUCCGUACAUGCUGAUUUUGAUGUGAUUUGGCAGCGAUAUAAAGCUCCCAAAUCAUCAAAGGUUUAUAACGACCGUUUGUUAAACUCUUUGAUUGAUUACAACAGCAACCAUAUGUGUUAGUUUUGAGUUUUUAAUAUGUUCCAUUCAUUAUUUUUAGUUGUAUUGCUGUUUUAUAGUUUACUUUUACUUUUUACUAUUUCACUGUUUCCUUUUCCUACUAACCAAUAAAAGCACCACUGAUUUGAAAUUCAUUUUCCCCCAUAACUUCACGGAAACAAUAAUUUAAACUAAACUUAAACCCCUAAUAAACCAUACUUAUAAUACACUUAAGCCAUGUUUGGAGAGUUAAGUCAGUUGUAAAUAAUCAUAAUUUUAUCAACGGCAACAAAUACAUACUGGUUGGAAAUGACUUGGACCACUUUUUUGACGUUUUUGGAGGUUUUUUGAUGAUAUUGAAUAAUUUGAAUAUGAAUUAUUUUGAAAUUUCUCAACAAAAACCUUAAAAUCAAGAUUUCUCGGAUUUUCUGCUAGGGAUUUUUUUUAAAAUUUACCCAGAGGUGCAGAAUGACCUAAGGAAUCGAGCCCCGUACUUGGAUUUGAUGGACAAUUUUUUUUUAUAA